AGCAGCUCCCGUUGUUGCGACUGCGCAUGCCCGUUGCAAUUACGCAACAAACAUGGCGGCGUCCACAGUGAAUACAGUCCGGACAACACUGAAAGGUAUGUACCUUUUCUCCGGCCGGUGGCUGCUCAGACAGAGCAGUCAAAGCCGGGCCGUGUGUCCGAGCCUGCGGCUGCACGUCUCCCCUGCUGCCUGCUCCAGGAUGGAGACGCAGAGGAGCGAGCAGACCCAGAAUACCGACAGAGGCAGAGCCCAGGAGGAGGUAGAGGAACCAGAGGGUCCUGAAUACAUCCCCAAGAGAAAAGCCAAGAACCCUAUGGUGAAAAUCGGCUUUGCCUGGAUUAUCGGUCUCCCUACAGGAAUAAUCAGCUUCUUCCUGGCUAAGAGACAAGUGGACAAAAACAGACUGAAACAGUUAAAGAUCAGACAGAGGAUGAAAAGAUCAAAUGAAGGCGAAUACGAAGGGAGUCGCUACCGCCAUCAUGCAGUGGAUGUUAAACUCGACCAGUAAUUUAUGUUGCAGCUGUGAUUUGCAUCGUAUGCACAGUAUCCCACACAGAGACUCUUGGAUUAAAGACUGAUCAGAACACUGAUGUAAAGUUCACCCAUGUCAGAGGUAAAUGUAUAUUUGAAUAAAAUCAUCACUGGUACAAUCACAUUAAGACUCAAAGAAAACUUUAUUUAUAAUGAUAAGCAAAUAGAUUUUCUGUAGCACUGAUAUAUUUACAACCCCCUCUUCCACACUAACCUUCCGUGGUGUACAGUAAACAUGUCUGCCUCUGUUGAUUUGACUCGAGGCUUUUAUAAACUUUCAGCUGUGCUCUAAAUUUGUCAUUAAUGGUCUUCGCUGAUCAUCUCAGGAGAAACAUUUGGACAAUGAAAGACUGGAGUUCAGAAAUGUUCCAGUACUUUAACAACAUGGCACCGAUAAUGCUGUCCUGUGUGGAAAAAUCCCGCCCUGCCGGCCCUCGCUGUCUGACCCACAUCUGACUAACACAACUAUAUUUACAGGCACACAUAUAAUAACUCUAUAAAACAUAUUAUAACCCUGUAUUCUGUAAAGUCAAAAAAAAAUUAAAAUAACAGACAUUGACACGGUGAAGGCACUGAAGUGAUAUAAAGGAAUACAAUUCAAAUAAAGUGACCUAUAUUACUUUAUCUGAAUAAAGUAAUAUAGCAGAGCCGUGGCUGCCAUUAGUGGCGCCGAGCUGUGCUUCAGGGGUGGACAUGUCCCAAAAUACUGACUCUGCUCAUACUUGAGUAACUGAGAUCAAAUGUUGUGGCAAUGCCCACCCCUACUGUACUUCAUAAUCUCAGAAAGUUACACUUUAGGAUUUGCCUUGUUCUUGUAGCAUUUAGACACAUGGGAGAAUUCAUUUGUAGCUGUACAUGUUCAUACACAGAAGAGAGAUCAGACACUUUCUGCAUUAAGUCCAGUAAUAUGGAAUAAAUGUUGCAGAUGGGAUUCAAGUGUCUGUAGAUAGUUAGGUAAUAGUAUUCGUCAUAACCACCGAUAAGCUGUUAAAGUAUAUAAAAACAAAUAUAGAUUUCAUACAAAGUGCAUUUUUGGGUGAUGUAAACUAAUGCUCAGAUUUUUGGGGGGCAUCACUUUAAAGUAUCCUUACUUUGCAAAAAAAUAAAAAACCCCGGAAAAAAACAAAAACACUUAACAAGGCAUGAUCAGAGAUAUUAUACAAACAACGAUAAAUGGAAUUAUUCUUGGGCUGUCAACAUUAACGUGGAUUAAUCUGUCGUCAUGAUGAACACGAUCAAAAUUUUCAAUGCAAUUAACCCAUUUGGAGCGAAAAUGACUCAAAAUCCCUGCAUGCAUCAAGGCAAUUUGGGCAGUUUGCACAAAGUUUGUCCAUUCUGCGCUCCAGGUGGUUUAAUUGUGUUGAAAAUUUAAAAUUGCUUUAAUCAUGAUGACGGAUAAAGCCGCGUUAACAUUAACAGCCCUAAAUUAGUCAUGACUUUUUUUUUUUUAAAGGUCUCCUUAGUACAGCUCUCUGAAACAAUGGUUCAGUCCACGCCUUGACUUUUCUGUUCAGGGGAUGAA